AGGCAAGACAGCGGGCGCAGGGAAAAGACCCACAGCAGCCCCCUGGGCUGUCCGCUCGCCCCUCGCCGCCGCCGGGCUCCCAGCGCUCUCGCUCGCGCCGGGGCGUCUGGAAAGGCAGAAAGGAGAGCUCUCCCUCCCUCUGCAGCCGAGGAAAACACCGAAGACGCCGCAGGAGCCUGUGAAAGUCCCUGGGACUCCCAAGUGAGGAAGUGACACUCCCAAGCGAGCCGCCCGCAGCUGCCAGCUCCGCACGGCCUCCGGCACCGCGGCCCUGGAGGAGAGCGCCGUGGAGUUCAGGCUCCGCGCCCGCGCCGGGCUCAGCGCCCCGCGGGGUCCAUGCGCACUGCCCCGGGCCCAAGUUCUUCUGGACACCCAUGCAGCCCCCCCGAGGUGCGCUGCAGCCAGUGAGCUAACCCGGGAGACCAUCUUCGGCGCGGUGCCUAGCAGAGGGGAGGAGGAGACAGAGGGGCGACCUCUUUGGGACUAACUCAUGAAGAACAAGGGUGCCAAGCAGAAGCUGAAACGAAAGGGAGCCGCCAGUGCCUUUGGAUGUGACCUGACCGAGUAUCUGGAAAGCUCCGGACAGGAUGUUCCAUAUGUACUGAAGAGUUGUGCAGAAUUUAUAGAGACUCACGGCAUUGUGGAUGGAAUUUACCGACUUUCAGGAGUCACCUCAAACAUACAACGACUAAGGCAAGAGUUUGGCUCAGAUCAAUGUCCAGAUCUGACAAGAGAAGUGUACCUCCAGGACAUCCACUGUGUGGGCUCACUCUGCAAGUUAUAUUUCAGGGAGCUGCCCAACCCCCUCCUGACUUAUGAGCUCUAUGAGAAAUUCACGAAAGCAGUGUCACACUGUCCAGAAGAAGGCCAACUGGCCAGAAUCCAAAAUGUUAUCCAAGAGCUUCCCCCACCCCAUUAUAGGACCUUGAAAUACUUGAUUCGACACCUGGCCCACAUUGCCUCCUUCAGCAGCAAGACCAACAUGCACGCCAGGAACCUGGCCCUGGUGUGGGCACCAAACCUCCUCAGGUCCAAAGAAAUUGAAGCCUCAGGUUGCAAUGGAGAUGCAGCUUUUCUUGCAGUCCGGGUCCAGCAGGUGGUGAUUGAGUUCAUAUUGAACCAUGUGGAUCAGAUCUUUAACAGCGGCGCAUCCGGGUCUCUGGAGAAUGAAGAGAACCGGCCCAUCACGAAGAGCCUGACCUUGCCAGCCCUCUCUCUGCCCAUGAAGUUGGUAAGCCUGGAGGAAGCUCAGGCCCGGAGCCUGGCUACUAACCAUCCAGCUCGGAAGGAGAGAAGGGAGAACAGCCUGCCUGAGAUUGUCCCUCCCAUGGGCACUCUUUUUCACACUGUCCUUGAGUUACCAGACAGCAAAAGAAAGCUCUCCAGUAAAUCAAAGAAGUGGAAAUCAAUAUUUAACCUGGGACGUUCUGGAUCAGACUCCAAAUCAAAGCUGAGUAGAAAUGGCAGUGUAUUUGUGAGAGGACAGAGGCUAUCAGUGGAAAAGGCUACUAUCCGGCCAGCAAAAAGCAUGGACUCACUGUGCUCAGUUCCUGUGGAAGGAAAAGAAACAAAAGGAAAUUUCAAUCGAACAGUCACCACGGGUGGAUUUUUUAUUCCAGCUGGGAAAAUGCACUCAGCCAGCACUGGCAGCUCUUGUGACCUCAGCAAGCAGGAGGUUGAAUGGGGUCCACAGGGGGUGCCGGCAGGGGCCGAAGGGGGCAUCGACAUGAGCAGCGACCGAAGCCAACUCCAGAGCACACAGGCCCGGCCCCCGCCUGAGCAGCUGAAGGUUUUCAGACCCAUUGAGGAUCCCGAAGGCGAGCAAACAGCCCCAAAGAUGCUGGGUAUGUUCUACACCUCCAGCGAUAGUCCUAGCAAAUCUGUAUUUGCCAGCAGCCUCUUCCAGAUGGAGCCCUCACCCCGUCACCAGCGCAAGGCCUUGAACAUCUCUGAGCCCUUUGCUGUGUCUGUGCCACUCCGCGUGUCAGCUGUCAUCAGCACCAACAGUACCCCAUGCAGAACACCCCCAAAGGAGCUGCAGUCUCUUUCCAGCCUAGAAGAGUUUUCUUUCCAAGGGCCCGAGAGUGGAGGUUGGCCUGAAGAGGAGAAGCCACCAGUAGCUGAGACCUCAGCAUCUGUGCCUAAGAAAGUGACUCCGGAAGAUGCCAAACCAGUGUCUGAAGCAGUGAGGACAGUGGAAUGCAGCAAAGGCCUUCCUUUGGAGCCAGAUACCCAACUGGAGAAGAAAACCUCAGAAAUCCUCAUGGACUCUCAACAUUCAAAUGAAUUCGAAAAGAGGCUGAGCCCAGAUAAGGCAGUGAAGGAAGGAGGAGAGGUUGACCAGAAGGAAUCCCCUGCUCCACAGGAGAGCCCCAGGGCCAAAACUGAAGCAGGAUUUUUCCAUGAGAUGGAUGAAGAUGAUCUAGCUAACGCCCUGAUCUGGCCCGAGAUUCAACAGGAGCUAAAAAUCAUUGAAUCUGAGGAGGAGCUCGCCUCGUUACCACCACCUUCUCUGAAGACCAAUCCGGCGCAGACAAUCCUUGAGCCCAGUCCUGAGCCCUCAGUUUCCCCGGAGCCUCCCGGAAGCACGUCUUGCUCCUGCGCCCUAGCCCUAGGCUCCACCCCCCAGGGGGAGCGCACUAGGGAACCUACCAAUCAGAGCGCACAGGGGGCUGCUUCCGUGACCCAAGGUGAAAAGCAGGCGUCUACCUGUGGGCUCACUACACGGGAACCGGACAAGGGCCGGCGCCCAGAUCCUAGCAGCCUGGCUCCCCUGGAAAUAAUUCCCUUUGAGAUGGACUUUCCACGCGCAAGCGUGGAGGUGGGGGACCCAGGGAAUCUCUCUCCUCUCCUCCCACCUGCUCCUCCCCCUCCAACACCACUGGAGGAAGCGCCCUCAGUCCUGCCAGCCAGGGGCGGCCUGGAGAGAGAAGAUGCUUCCAAGAAUUUGAGGACAGACCCGUCUACCGAUCAGCUUAAGUCCAAAGGCAGCCCUGAGAUCCCCAGCCUUUGCCCAGGAGAAGACACCUCUCCAGGACCAAGUGAAAAGGGAAGUUCAAAGAAUGCAGCUCCUGAUGAAAAAGACUCUGGUUUUCCAAGCUCUACAAGGGUGGCAGAGACCACCCGACAAGGAGAGGGAGAUGUGGCCCAUUCAGUCCAGGAGCCCUCCGACUGUGAUGAAGAUGACACUGUGACAGACAUUGCCCAGCAUGGCCUGGAGAUGGUAGAACCCUGGGAGGAGCCCCAGUGGGUGACCAGUCCCCUUCACUCCCCCACCCUGAAGGAUGUGCAAGAGGCCCAGAUGCAUAGCCUGCAGGGUCACCGACUAGAGAAGAGGCUUUCCCACAGGCCCAGCCUUCGCCAGAGCCACUCCCUAGAUAGCAAAACCACUGUCAGCAACCAGUGGACUCUUGAGGGCCCGUCUUCCAGCAGCUGUGCUAAUCUUGAAUCAGAGCGGAAUUCUGACCUUCUGCAGCCACUGGCACCCCGAAGGGAAAUUACUGGAUGUGACGAGAAAGGCUUGAGGUCCUUUAGGGAGUUCUCUGGCCUGAAAGGGACAGAAGCUCUUCCCAUCCAGAAGGGACCAGAUAGUUUGCAGCCCAAAUCGGCAGAAACUAGCCCUGUCAACCUAGCAGAGGGUAAGGAAUCAGGCACACACCUGGGGCACGGCAACCCUCAGGUCGAGCAAAGUAGUAUGCCUCAACCAGAGAGCAGCAAGGAGAGUUUACCUAGCACACAGGACAGCAACUUGCCUGGAGAGCAUCUGCCGAAGUUACAUCUGAAGAGUAUUGAGUAUGGGCCCCCAAAAGGUAAAAAUAGGCCUUCUUCCCUCAACUUGGAUUCUGCCAUCCCCAUUACUGACCUCUUUCGGUUUGAGAACAUGGCCUCAUUUGGUUCACCUGGAACGCAGCACUCCGAGCCAGGAGACUCAAAAGUCACGUGGAUGGCCUCACCUCACUGUAAGGUAGACCCCUGGAGGGCUUACUCCCAGGACACUCAGGACCUGGACAUUCUUGCUCACGCCCUGACAGGCCGCCGUAACUCAGCUCCUGUGAGCGUGUCAGCUGUGAGAACCUCCUUUAUGGUCAAAAUGUGCCAGGCUCGGGCAGUCCCCGUCAUCCCCCCCAAGAUUCAAUACACACAGAUCCCACAGCCUCUGCCCUCUCAGAGCUCGGGGGAAAGUGGUGCUCAGCCUCCAGAGAGGAGCCAAGAGGAGCCCAGCUCUACUGGUGGCCCUGCUCGGAAGCAUGCUAAAGACGAUUCUCUCUGUUCCUCAGACGGCCGUAAGGAAGAGAAACCAAAGCAAGACACGGGAGCCGAGUCCUUGCCAGUGGAUGCCUCUGCAUGCCACAUGUGCGAGGGGCCCAUCCUUGCUCCAGACCCAGGCCUGGCUAACGUGUUGUCCACCCAGGAUGCAGCAGUGCAAUGCAGAAAGCGCACAUCAGAGACAGAGCCAUUCGAGGACAACCUAUUUUCUUCCAAAUUAGAACGACCAUCAGGGGCUUCUAAGCCAUUCCACAGGUCAAGGCCUGGAAGACCUCAGAGCCUAAUCUUAUUUAGUCCUCCCUUCCCCAUUAUGGACCACCCAGCCACCUCAUCCACAGAUUCCAAGGUCCUGCUGUCCCCUAUCAGAAGUCCCACCCAAACAGUUUCCCCUGGUCUUCUUUGUGGGGAAUUGGCUGAAAACACUUGGGUCACGCCAGAAGGAGUUACUCUUAGAAAUAAAAUGACCAUCCCUAAGAAUGGUCAGAGACUAGAGACCUCAACCAGCUGUUUUUACCAGCCCCAGAGGAGAUCAGUGAUUCUGGAUGGAAGAAGUGGGAGGCAAAUAGAAUGACAUUAGUUCACCUGCUGGUGUUUGACAGCAAGUCAUGAUUCAUCUGGAAACUCACAGGGCCAACUUGUUGUUAUUCCAGACGCAAGUUAUCCAAGUGGGCUUAUUUUGACCUCUUCUUUCUUCAGCCUUUUGACCAAUUAUUAAUUAGUCAUUUGUCAGAAGCAAGGUCAAGGGAAGCACCCAGAGAUGGAAUUUAGUUGUCUAUAGAGCAGGCAGAAGGUCAGGCAAAGGUAGACGAUGCAGGGCUUGCCUUCAUUGAGAUUUAGGGCUCAUGUGAGUUGUACUAUUCCCACAUUAUAGGAGAGGAUAGGGGUGAAGCCUCAGCAGAUGAGGAAAGACCCCCAGAUGGGUGUCCAUCACUACUACUUGGUCAUUUUAGCCAGUGGGUGCCUUCUUUUCUUUCUCUCCUCCCAUUGCUGAAGAACAGAUUUGUGGCACCCAUCUACCACCCACUCCAGACUCUCAGACCAUUAUCUAUUACUGAUGAGUAUUGGCUAUGACGUCUCCUGAAAAAAAAGAGAAAACCUUUGCCUGUGUUAGAAACUGUUACUAUUGAAGUUUAAAGACCUUUUGUUUACUACAUGCUUUCUAAUGCUCUUUAAAGCAUGGGUUCUUUUGACCAGUUUUCUGACAAGCUUUGUAAAGGUGUACUAUCUAGAAUAGAAGCAGAUUUGGAAAUGCAAACUAACAUACUUUGAUAUCCAAGUGGGUGUGUUCAACAUAUGCUCUUCCCCCAAUUCCUCAUAAACCUGUCCGAGAUAGUGCCAUACACCAGCAUAGAAAAUCAGAAUUUGUACUCAAGAACAAUCUCGGAGGCUGGCAUAACCCAAGACUUUUCUGCUCUUACUAAUUUGAGCCUCCAAAUGCCAUAACCUGACCUCUGAUUUGUACACUUAGUUGCUGGGCAGAGUGGGGCGGAACUGAAGGUUACCUCAGUGGAGAGUGUUAACUCCUUAUUCAGGUGUGUAAUAGUGAUGUGAUCUGUUUUCUUUCCAGUAUCAGGCCAUGGCUGGGAUGAGAUCGUAAAAGAGAAGACUCACACAUAGGCAGAACUCUACUCCACACUGAAUGUGUUCAAAUUGCUGCGCUAUUGGCAGGGAACACCUCUAACUCAGCUUCACUCUCCUAUGCUAGGCCGGGACCAGCCGUAUAGGAGAGGAUAGGGGUGAAGCCUCAGCAGAUGAGGAAAGACCCCCAGAUGGGUGGCCAUCACUACUACUUGGUCAUUUUAGCUAGUGGAUGCCUUAUUUUCUUUCUCUCCUCCCAUUGCUGAAGAACAGAUUUGAGGCACCCAUCUACCACCCACUCCAGACUCUCAGACCUUUUAUUCUCCUUUCUGUAUGCAAGCAGAAGCAAUAAAACCAAUCUGAUUUUAUUCUAGUUAUUCAGAACUUCUGGUUCCUUUUCAGCUGAAAAGAGGAAGGGAAACUUAUAUAACCUGCUGGCAGAUUUUGGUGCUCCCUGAAAAAAGGGCUUCUAAGGAACCCUUCUCAAAGCAAAAUCUAUCAAGGUAUCGACACUGUACAACUUAGUAAAAUAACUAUCUUGUUUGAGAAACCAGGAAAAUAGGACCUGUUUUUAGUCCCAUGUGUGCCUCUUCUCAAACUCAACUCUGGCUAAAACUCUUUCCAGACGUCUGAGGAUUAGCAGUAUCUGGGCUGACUUUACAACAAAAGCUAGAGCUGGCUGGGUGGGGAAUGAAUUAAAGUCAUCCUUUGAGAAACUGGGAGCUGCCACCUAUAGCACAUACAUAUUUCUUUUUCCCUGUUCCCUGAUAAGCCUUACCAUUUUGAAAUCUUUUCCUUUAAAGCCAGAGUUUAUGACAGAGAUAAAUUCAUUCAGAUGAGUCGCUUUCGGAGGGCCCUGAGAUGAGGGAGCAAGGCAACAGUUCAUAUGCCUUUGCUCUGUGCUUUCACAUUCUCCUGAGAUGAGCAAGACUCACCCAACAGCCAGUGAGACAUCAACCAUUAAGUAAAGCCCUUGGGAAAAGCAUUUCCCCCCCAGGCAAACAAGGUGAAGAAAUAUAGUGGCGACAGAUGAGAAAAGCCAUGUUCAGAAGAUUUGGAAAGUACAUUCCUACCUUAUCAGAAAAUGUGGGCACAUGGCCUUUAUGUCCGCCUCCGUGCACUGCGGUGCCUACAUUUUGAUAAAGACCAUGAGCCAGUGAGACUGAGAGAAGGAAGGAAGAGCUGCACUUUGUCUCACCACCAGAACUCUGAGCCGAGUAGAGAAAUAUUUAAGCUAUUUUAUGAUCGUUGGAAUUUCUGUUGGUAACGCAGGAUAUAUUUUUAUUUAGAGAUAGACUGAGAAGCUGCCAAUUACAUAUUAACAUGUGAGUUCAAUACUAAUGGCUAAAGCGUACAUGUAGAUUUCUAAAAUAGCUGCCAUCUCUUCAUGUGCUGACAUCUUUGUCUCAUCUUCAGGACAUGGGUAUGUGGCUGUCAUGAGACACAGUGACAACUAUGUGGAAACACCUCCUACCAUUACCUUUCCUAGACAAUCCAGAGGGCUUAAAGCUGGCUCGCCUUCUCAGUCAGUGAGCCGCCAUUGGUGUGCACCUCUCUAACUAGCUCCCAGCCUGUCAUUUGUCAAUAAACAUUCCUAAACUUACAGGCUGGGCCUAGGCUGGUGCUGCUGAAAGAAAAUUCAUUAUAUUUUUCCCUAAAUUGCUCCCCACAAAUAUCCUGAAAUAAAUCCUCUGUGGUCGCCUACUCUGGAAUAGAAGUGCAGACCCGCUGGGAGUGGGUGCUGGGGAAUCAGAUUGCCUGCUUCCAUCCAAGUGAGAGACAGAAGAGGCUCUGCUGUCUUUAGGAGGUUCUACCUGGUGCCCCAGAAAGGCUGCAGACUCCAACUUUCAAAGGGCUCCUUUAUUACAACUGUCAGUCUUCAACACUGACAGGGUGGCUGGUUUCAAAUGCUGCAUUUGAAGUGAAAUGCACAAUGUCCUAAUGUUAUGUUUUAGCACUAGUAACCUAUAUUUACUGGCAAAAUGGCCCUCCUGAGCCAACAUUUUUGGUCCAAGUGGACCAAAUACAGGGAAUUUAGUUUUUGUUUAGUUGCAAAUGGAAUAUGAAGACAUCUGAUCAAGAGUCCCUUAAAAUUUUUGAAUCUACUCUAAGCCCUAAAAUUCAAGAUACUGCAAAUCUAAAACUUUGGGGUUCUGGGAAAAAUUUUUAAAUGUAGAUUAUCAGCAUCUUAGGAAAUAAUUUAUCAGUGGCUUAGGUAAUACUACACUGGGAAACUUACAGUUCUUAAAUCCUUGAAGAGUCUAAUGAAAAAGUAGUAAAUGAAACAGUCUAAACAAUUGAGCAAAAUUUAGAACCAUUAAGUCACCAAAUGAUAUCAGAAGGUAAAAAAAUGUAUAUGGAAAUUGUUAUAGGAUUGUUAAUGGUGUUCAUAUUACCGACUUUAUUAAAGGUUUCUCAAUUUAAAAAAUAAGCUACUUAUUGACUUAAAAUAAUGAAAUUAAACAGGAGUGUAAAUUGAAAAGCUGCCAGUGUGACACUCAGCUGUUGAAUUUGCUUUGAUCAUUUAAAACAUCAAAGUGGCAACGAAAAUAGUCCUCAGGAUUUGACAUGGCUUUAAUUGGUUUGGCUGUGAAGCCCUGAGGGAUCCUGUGCAAACGAGUGAGGUAAUACCAGUGUUCUACACUCCUUGAGAUAGGCUCUUAGAGACUUCCUUCAUCACAAAAUGAGCUAACUCCUGCUGAUGGUGAAGCAUAGGUCCAAGAUAAGCUGUCUAGUGUUUAGCACAUGAUACUCAUAUUUAUUUGAUAGUCUUUUGCCUUGUACUCCUGCUGGUAGAGUUCCUGGAGAACUUAAAAUUCAGUUGCCUAAGAUUUGGUAGGGAAUGGUUCGUAGUAAUUCCAAUUCCCACCAUAAUUGAUUAGGGCCAUACUCUACCAUGGCUUGUCCCAUCUGAUGACAACAUGAAUCUUGGGAUUCAGAUUGCCAAAAGUAUGUCUUUAGGCACUUCCAGUAGAAAGGCCAACUCAAAAUAUGGAAUGAUAAAGAAUGUGUCCUUCUUUAUCAAUACCCUUCCUAAAGGCCAGAAGAGCAGGUGAGCAUCUUUCUAAGUAUGGAGAAGUGGGGAAGAUGGCAGAGGAUGAUUGUGAGGUCAGUGUCCACAGUGUCAAAAUUGGGGGCCACCAGUGAUUGACUGGUACAUAGUAGAUAAUCUAGUAGCCUUGAGAUUCAAGAGCAAAGCAGGGAUCAUUUCUUUAUAAGGGUGAGAGAGGAUGCAGUUAAUAUAAGAAACCCAUGAAGUACGUUAGUGUGUGUUUUACUGGAUAAAUCACAAUGCUUUGCAAUAACAAUGCCAUAGUACUUCCUGGUUUAUAAUUCUGCAAGGUAAAGCACUUUUUCAAACGAGUUUAUUAGAAAGUCACGUGAUUUCAGCUGUUAAGCUCAACAAAUAUGUUUCCAAAGGUAUAAUCAAAAUGUUUUUCUAUUGAUUAAAAAAGUAUAAAUAUUAAACCUAUCAACAGACAUUUAAGUGUAAUUGAAACAGAUUGUUACGCUUUAAAAAUGUAUUCUAAUAAAUGAUAUAAAGUAUGCUUACAAUGGCAAUGUGAAAUAGGGGCGGACAUGGGAUGAUCAAAAUUAAUUAAUAGUUUAGCCUCAUUGUUCUAGUUUACUCCAUUUGAUGUCACUUUUGUUACUUCAAGGAUUGGUCUCAAGCAAAAUUGCUGAUGUAAAAUUGCUCCAGUAAAAUUUUGUUACUUUAUGUCUUAAUAAUUGUCAGAUAUAUGCAACUCAACCUUAUUAUUUGUAUAGCCACAUCACCUGUGCUGUCCAGUAUAAAUCAGUGGCUAAUGUAUGGAAACAUGAGAAGGAAACUAUUGCUUCUCAAAACUCCUCAGCUUAAGAAGUUACAGGGUUGUGGUCCCACCUACACAAAUGUGAGAAAUCAGUUUUUCUUUUAGUUGAAUCAAUCAAGAAGGGCAAUUCUUUCAUUUGCAAGAUUACGUUACUGGUACUCUGGGAGUCAAAACAGUAGAACUUUGUUACCCUGCUACAUGAUAUUAUAAAAAAAGGGGUGGGGCCACUAGUAGGAUUUUCAAUGAAAAAUAUCACUGCCAAGGGGCCAGAAAUACUUUGGCAACAAUAUUGUGCUUAGGGCCUUAUACCACAGGUCUGUGCCUGACCACUUCCACUGUUGCCCCAAAUGCCUUGUCCCUUGUACUCUGGUUCCCACACUCCUAUUGUUCUCGCCUAAUCUCCCCUCCCCACCCUGACACAUAGUUCCUCUCACUCCUAAUUCUUCCUAUAGCUGCCUUGGAACUCUCUCCCUAUAAACUCCGCUACAACCUAAUCUCUUCUCUAGAUGCUGCUUCCCCUUCCUGGACUUCAGUAACACUUGACACCCCCCAGGACACUUUCCCCAUGCAUGAAAGAGUGGACAUUAAUCCCACUUUACACAUAUAAGAAGCCACCACCUCAGUGUCCUUCCAUUAAUACUACCUGUGUCAUACAAAAAUGUGUGGUGUACCCCUCACCAAGAUGUAUGACACCCAGCCAUUUUAACUUCUGUCAUUCUUUGUGACCACAUGUAUUCUGUGUCCCAGUUUUUCCAGUUUUGGGGAUUCCUCUUUCCUCUCUAUCUCAUGUCCACUGGCAUCCCAGAUGACUUUGUAUUCCCAAAGAAAACCCACUGAACAGCUUUUUGCCUCUCCUCAGUGUUGGGCCUUUGCAUCCAGGGCUAUACAUCUGGCUGUUGCACAUUCCAGAACUCUGAUCCUACACUCCCAUGUUUCAUUCUCAGUAUCUCGUAUCUGAGCUCCUUUAUUCCUUCUGUUUUUUCAAGAUUACGAAGACCUGGUCCACCUACUCUUAUGACAACAUACACCCACCACACUGCACUCCUUUCCAGAUCUCAGGGUAGCUCAUCAAAGCCAUCCUCCCCAGCACCACAAACUUCCUUGACCCCAGCCGUCAGUCAUACCUGCUUGGCAAACCUCCAAGCUUGGAACAGAUAGAUUACUACCACUCAUUUACUUUACCCUGUUACUUUGUCUAUUGAGUCAGACCAAAGAAACUCACAGAACCCUGGGAUGAGAGCUUUAGAAACUCAUGACCUACCACCACAUGGACUCAUCCCCUGAAUUCACAAAGGCUAUUAUUCACUCCCUCACAAUAAUUGCUCAUUUUUCCAGUUUACACUGUUUCCCUAACCUCCCACUGUCACUUCCCUUUAUCCGUAUAUGGUACAUAACUCCUCUUGCUCAGAGGAAGGGCUGUCCCUCUUCUCAAGAGAUCCCAAGACUCCUGUGUUCUCAAUCUCUGCAUCCCUUAUUCUUUCAUUUCUGUACCAUUCAGCCUUGUUCUCUUCAGACUUCUAUCAGGCAGCAUAUAAACAUGCUUAAAAAAAAAAAAAGUCUCUGCUAUCUUAAAAACCUU